GGCAACUUCACACGCUCUGGUGUUAAAAGCAUUUAGGAGAGAAACAUGGUUAAUAGAAAACUUGCAUUUCUGGCGUUUUUGUUGCACACCUUUUCAGUUUUCCACUGCAACUGUAAGUGUUUCUUAUAAGAAUUUGUCUUUAGCCUGCGUGGCUCAGUCAAUCUUAAGAGUAGUAUACUAUGUUGUUUUUACUCCCGGAGUAGUCAAUCGAUAAAAAUCGGUACCGAUUUAUCAAUCGAUAAAUCAACGAUUGUAUCGAUUAGUCGGUAGAAAUCGAUGACACACUCUUUUCGUUUAUCGAUUUAUCUUGAUUUUUACCGAUUUCAUCGAUUUAUAUCGGAAGAUAUAUCUGUUCAUCUGUUUAUUAAAAAUUGAAAACUUAUUUCAUGCAAACAGUAAACUUGUUCCGAUAAAGUCGGUCUAGUUCCGGGUGUAGUCAAAUACCGGAGUAGCCAAUAGAUAAAAAUCGAAAUCGAUUGAUAACGGAAACGGUAAAAAUCUAUCCAGGGAAAUGUUUGAAUGAAUUUCAAAGUAAAUUUGUUGACAACUGAGUUGCAGUUGAGAGUGGAAGGAUCAAACAGUUAUCACUUUUUAAUAAAUUCUUUUUAAAAAAAGUCAGAAAAAUCUUAUCUUUUCUUCAAAACCAGGUUUACAAUCUUCUUCUGGUUUGUAGACGCCCAGUUUUUCACGACUUAGGCCUGCCGACCUUUCCGAUAAAGUCGGUGUAGUUCCGGGUGUAGUCAAAUACCUGAGUAGCCAAUAGAUAAAAAUCGAAAUCGAUUGAUAACGGAAAUGGUAAAAAUCUAUCCAGGGAAAUCUUUGAAUGAAUUUCAGACAUCAAGCUAGGAAAUAUUUUACUAAGGUUGUAUUUCUCGUGAUACUUGCCUGCGAGACCUGAAUGUUAAUGAAUGUAAUUAUAAUUUCGAACCGUUUUUGUUGUUAUGUACCAAACGAAGAGUUUUAGAGAGAAACUUGUGUGUGUGAUGGUUUCCACAUUUCUCAUUUUCAUGUUUGUUGCUGAGUAGUUGAUAUUCGUGGAUGUGUUUUCUCAGCUGUACUAUCUAACUCAUGCCAAAAAACAACAAUGGCGGACUUCCGUUAUAAAUCGAUAAAAUCAUGAAAAAUCGAUAAUAUGGAUUUGACACAGCAAUUUAGUUUAUCGAUUUUCACCGAUUUCCGUUAUCAAUCGAUAAAAAUCACUUGAUUGCUACCGAGUUUUUACCGAUACCGAUUUUUACCGAUCUAAUUAGACUAGAACCGUUGUAACAUGUAUAGAAAACCGAAGGCCAACGACAAUGACAACAACUCAGAAGCAUACGUCAUAUUACAACUGCGAAACUAACUAAGCAUAAUAUAACGAUACCUUGAUACAGCGGGCGCAACACCCGAUUUAUAAUAAUAAUAACAAAGAUGUUUAAUCGACACAUUCUCGCAUUAAAAAUGAAUUACAAUGUGUUUACAAGGUUCGGAAAAUUACAAAAACCUAGUUGGGCCUGGGUUUACAAAAUAAUUAAAAAUAGUAAAACCUACAAGAGUUGCAUAAAUUGCAAUCAUAGCUACUAAAAAAUGUUAUACUAAGAAUUUAAAUUUUUAAAAUUUAAACAUUUAACAGUUAAUUUUUGAAGGAUGUUGCGUUUGCCAUUAGGACAGUACUAGGGAAAAAGCUUGGCCUAAAACGCUCGGGUUUACAUUUAAAAGACGUCUAAGAGUUAGGGUUUCUAAGGGAGGAGUCAUGGGCAAUAGACCUUACCUUACCUUUAUGUCAAUCCUGAUUAACACAAAUUACGUUAUCACUCUUCUCUUGGCGAUUUCGUGGGAACCACGCGGGAUGAAAAUUCGUAAACCCUUUUCAUUUUAUUUCUAGCUAUUUCAUGUCCUGCGCUUUUCGUCUCUAACGCCGAUCCUCCGACUGGUAUUUGCUCCAGUGCUGAUUUAAGCUACCAGACCUACUGUUCCUUCAAAUGCCUUACUGGGUACCAGCUGAAAGGCUCUGAGGUGCGUGUCUGUCAACACGACAAGACAUGGUCUGGAACUCCAUCGACCUGUGAAGGUAAUCGACGUAUAUAAAUCAUAUCUAAUAUAAAUCAAUAACUGUCAUAAAUGUUUAAACCGUUGCUAUGAGCACCACCAGAGGCAUUAUCGUCGAUCUGUUCACGUCCUGACAGCCGAAUCUUUAUUCUUUCAAGCAAAUGAUUUUAUUUGUUUUCAUUUUUAGAAAUUCGCUGCCCUAAACUUCCGUCCGUCAAGUACGCAACAGUGGUUCCAAGUAUCUGUGGUGACCAGUCAAUGAAAUUUUACUCAUCCUGCACAUUUUUAUGUCCCGAUGGCUUUACUACGGAAGUUGCUGCACCCCACAUAGCUUCGAGAGUUCUAACGUGUCAGCUCAAUGGCGCAUGGGACGUUCAAGUUCCUCAAUGCCAUGGCAAGCGUUUUCCGCUUUUUGUUUGAGGUUUUUGCUAAAAUUAGAGGGAUUUUCGUAUGACCUUGAAAUGAAAACGAGAGAACAAAACAGAAACAACAAACGAUCGAAAGUAGAGCGAUUUGGUUGGUUUAUCGAACGGAUAAAAACGGGCUUGGCCUUUUGUUGGUUAAGCGAACGCUCGGGUCAGAAAAACCUCAUGCCCGAGAACUUCUAGAAAUCAACAGAUACUUCGCUUUAACGUCAUACUGCAACCCGAUUGGCUAAUCUACCAAUGCCUCCUCCAUAUUAGGACUUUCUUUGGCGGGAAAACGAAGAAGCCAUAUUUUGAUUUUUUCAUCCAUUGGCUGAUAAACUAAAAACAGAUAACGAACAAUUUCCGAAACCAUUUUUCAAGGUUAUACGAAAAUCGCUCUAUCCAGAGAAAAGCAUACAUUCAUUGGAUAACAAAAUUGGAUAGUACUAUUCAAAUCAGUUAUCCGCGCUUGAAAUUUAAAAGCACAAAUUUCGUCUUUUUUUUAGUUGAUUAUAUAAUCAAUUUUUUCGCUUUUUCAGUAAGAAAUGCUAGAAAUAGUGGAAGGCCAACCUGUUUUACAAAUAUGUCCCCCUUGUAA